GUAGUCUGGAUGCGUCAGUAAUGCUGUAGUCUCGCGAGAGAGAGCGUACGUGACGCGGGAAAAAAAUAGAAUCAAGUGGCACACGCAGCUGCCAAACAAUUCUGAUUCAUUCAGAAAAUAAAGCAAAUAAAACUUAAAUAUCAAAAUCUGGAGGCACUUGAAGGCUACAUCGAAGAGUGCUACGAUCGUCUCGUCAUGGGGAAACCAUCUAAGACGCCAACGUCUAAAAGAAGCCGCCCGGAGGACUCACCUGGCCAUGUGUCACCACCGGGCACAAACUUCACCGACAUCCUGGAUUCCAUCGACAAAAGGCUGACUUGUUUGGAUGGCCGCCUCGCACUUGUCGAGGUGCUCCACAAGGAAUUCCAAGCCAUCCGAGAGAGUUUGGAAUUCGGACAACAGCAGGUCAUUUCUCUCGCCAAGGAGAACGCCGCUCUUCGUGAGUCCGUAAAAUCCCUCACCGACGGAGUGACGCAACUCACUCGAGAAAACAGGAGCAUGAAGGAGACGAUGUUGGACCUCCAGGCGAGAAGCAUGAGGGACAAUCUGGUCUUCGCGGGAAUACCGGAAAAGACCGAGGAAGAUCCAGAGGAAACCAUCAAGUCCUUCAUGGAACACCAGCUCAAGCUUCCAGCGGACACCAUCAGGAACAUCACCUUCCAUCGCGUCCACCGGCUUGGAGCCAAAAAGCCGGAGAACAGGAGGCCGAGACCCAUCGUGGCCAAAUUCGAACACUUCAAGCAGAAGGAGCGGGUGAGGAACCAGGGCCGAGAGCUGAAAGGAUCCAACUUCAGCAUCAACGACCAGUUUCCAAAGGAAAUUCUCGACAGGCGCCGCCAUCUGUUCCCGCUUCGCAAGAAGUUUAUCACCGAAGGAUGCCGUGCAGUCAUCGCGGUGGAUAAACUUUUCAUCAACGGCCAACUUUACCGUGAUCCAGAAGCCACGCCGUGGCUGUAUUAUUAGCGUCUGAAACACGUCAAAUACAAAUAAGGCAACAAGAGAAGUAUCCUACACUUCUCUUUUGUAAAGUAAAUCUGAACAGCCGACAUGGGCAUCUACAUCAACUAUAUGAUUUGCCUGAGAAGCUGGACAGGACAUAAUAAAAAAAAAAUAAAAAAAUAAAAAAAUAAAAAAAUAAAAAAAUAAAUGAAGUUCAUGCGCCGCUCCUUCUGAAUAAAAGCAUCGAUAACUUGUUUAUAGAAGUCUUCCUUAUCUUUCUUCAGUUUUAAAAGUCUCCCUGUCUCGAUGGAGAUCUUCCUUUAAUUAUUACCUCCUGCUUCGAUUUAAAGUCCAGUUUAGAAAACUGUUUUAUUUUAGAUAUGUAAUCCUCCAUGUUAAAAGUCCAGGCGAAAGGAAAAAAUAAACGAUCACUGCUAACUGUUGUUGCUUGUUGUCACUUCUUCUGCAGCCGAGUAGUCGCAAGAAGGAUCACUAGCGCCCUCAGGAGGCGGGAGUCAUUUAAUGACUCAUAUUUGACACACGCAGCUACGGUAUAUUAAUAAAACAUAGCUGCUUACUGUUCUUUUUAGCAUAUUCAAUAGCUUGGACCUUAAAUCCUACCGAAUAGCUCUUAAUCUUCUUCCCUUUAUGCGAUUUCAAAUUAUUGAAAUCAGCCUCCUCCAUUUUGAAAAUGAUGACAGGUGAAGUGUCACUCGUGACGUGACGAGUUUGACCCGGCGGAAAUUCUCGGCAUAUGCUAAUUAUUUGGCGAAACGAGUUUGACCCGGCGGUAACUCUAGACAUGCGCUAAUAAAAAUAAUAUUUUGCGAAACGAGUUUGACCCGGCGGUAAUGCUAAGCAUGCCCUAAUUAUUUUGCAAAACAAGUUUGACCCGGCGGUAAUUCUAGGCAGGCGCAUACUAUAUACCCGGCGGCAAUUCAAGGAAAUACGGUAUGCAGAAUUGAGUUCAGCCUUUUGGCCCGGCCCUCCACAAUAUUUUAUUUUUCUCAUGUGGCCCCAUGGAAAAAAUAAUUGUCCACCCCUGCGCUAGCUGCUUCAUGAUAGUUCUCCCUAUCAGUUUGUCUGACAAUUCAGUGAUAUACUGCCACCUCAUGCUUUUUGAUGGGUUGUUCGGACAAUGUUCUGAGAAAUCGAGAUGUGCAUGGUGAUGUCUGAAGGAGGCUGAUGACAUGGUCCGUGUCACUUCUCAAAGGGGCUGAUCUCUGGCCAGAGUGUAGUUUGAGUCCUCCAACUAUUUGUCUUGCCUUGGUGAAGAUUAGUUUAAAGGCUGUAGGUCAUUGAAGUAGGAUGCAAUUAAAGCCUUUCUGCAGGGGGGUAUGUGAAAAAAAAAGUCCAUGGCGUAGUUGAUUAGCUGAUGUGGCACUGAUCAGUGCACGAUGGCACGGUCAGGCCAAAUGAAAUGUCGGUCUGUUUUAUUCUGUUGAGCCUUCUGCAUCUGGUCUGAGAUAUUGGUGGAGUCCCACACACCUUGGAAAACCUGGGAUUUCUGCUUUUAGGCAUGUGGUGUCAAUAUAGCCAUUCUCUAUCAGAUAGGUUGUCAUCCUUCGAGCCGUCCAAUGAAAUAAAAUACAUUUACAUAAUUGGCAGAGUAAACAUUAAAUACUGUAUUGGCUUCUAAAGAGCCAUCAUUUUUGAGUAUUUGAAUGUUAUUCUUCCAACUUUUACAGUAUUUUUUAAUGCUGAAGACAAACCAUUCCAGUUCAUGUGAUGUCACGUGAGUUCACUCCCUGUUGUAGAUGCCUCCGUCCGACGGUGUCGUAUUUCACCGGGACAGAUUGAUGUCACUAUGCUAUCAGAGAACAGCCUCUUAUUUGCUCAAACAGUAAUGUGGUUAUACAAGUUUAGAUCUAGGUGUGUUGUUUCUCAAUGGGAGAAGACGUAAAUGUCUUAUGUAUUUAUGUUAGCAUUUAUGCUAGCUAGUGCUAGCUGUUCUGUGAGUUUAUCAAAGUGCGGAUAUCCGCCGAACCAUCAUACUGUAAGAUGUUGCAGGGAACAGAUUGUUCCCCACUGCAUCUCCAAACACAGUCAUGUCUGUCACAUGUUGUGAACUUGCUCUCAUCUGGGAGGGGCACAGACCGCCAUGACCAGUGAGUGAGUCAUGGUGACAUCUACAAGCUUUCAGUUGGCCAAAGCUCAUAUUACUGUUACUAUAUGAACUACUGGUAUGCUUUAUUCCUGGUUAAUAAUCGUGAUUUCAAUUGUGAUAAAAAAUAAUUGUGAUUCUUAUUUUGGCCAUAAUGAUGCAAAUGUAACUAUAAUUUACACUUCGUGUCACUCACCAUUAUUGUGUACCUUGUGGGGAAAUUGGUACAAGACUGUACUCUACCGGAAAAUUGGAUCACAAAACAUGUAACGUUGCGCCUAAUAAAGAUUUUAUUCAUGUUGAUAGCCUUUGAAGGUGCUUAUGUGUG